CCGACGGAACCUCAGUCCACUCAAGUUUGGUACAGGCUAGUGAGAGAAUAGUCCCCGACGUGGUGCUGCCAGUGGACCCAACUUCUCGGGGGACAUACGUACAGGAGACUUCAACGCCAUGUUGAAUCAAAGGGAUGAUCCCCGCGCCUUAGAGCAGGGGCACACCAAUGUCGGUUUCACUGCGGACGAGGUCGCCAGGGCGACGGAGAAGAAGAAAGAGAGUGAUGCCAAGAAGGACAACCCAUGGGAGGUGUCGGACAUCGAGCAGGACGACGGCACCAAGUGGGGAGACAUGACGACGUGCGAGAAGAUCCAGCGCGUCUGCAUCAACACAACCAAGGUGGUGCUGGUGUUCGGUUUCCUGUACCUCUUCAUCUGCUCCCUUGACUUCCUCGCUUCCGCAUUUAGGCUCAUCGCGGGAAGGACAACCGGUGACAUCAUGAGCAACAAGUACAUUGAAAACCCCAUAGUUGGUUUGAUGAUUGGCAUCCUGGUGACCGUCUUGGUGCAGUCCUCCUCCACCUCCACGUCCAUUAUUGUCUCCAUGGUCUCGGCAGGCAUUCUGCAAGUGCACAAUGCCGUACCAAUGAUUAUGGGCUCAAACAUUGGGACUUCUGUCACCAAUACCAUCGUUUCCUUAACUCAGGUUGGUGAUAGAAAUGAAUUCAGGCGAGCAUUUGCUGGAGCAACAGUCCAUGACAUGUUCAACUGGCUGUCAGUCAUAACUUUGCUCAUCAUUGAACUUGCAACAGGUUUGCUGGAAAAAAUGACAGAUGCCAUCGUGCAUUCUGGUGCCCUGCUUAGUGGUGGAGGAGAGGUAAAGAUCCUGAAGGUCAUCACAGAACCUUUCACAAAGCUUGUUGUUCAGCUGGACAAGAAUGUGCUGAUGGACUGGAGUGUUGGAGGAUGUUUAGAGAAUGCAACCAGUCUCAUUAAAACAUCUUGUGCUAAAAAAAAGGCUUCAGAAGCUACCACUGCAGUGACAGCUCUAACUACUGAUGCCUCUAUCAGCACAACUGCAACUUCCACUGAAAGCUGUGUCAAGGACCCUGAUGGAACUUGCAAUUUCCUUUUUUAUAACACCUCCCUUACAGAUACACAGAUUGGAAUUAUUCUGUUGAUUGGUUCUUUGGUAAUCCUCUGCACAGCAUUGAUCAUUAUUGUCAAAAUCCUCAACUCCAUGAUGAAAGGCAAAAUGGCAAUCAUCAUAAAGAAGACAAUUAACGCUGAGGUUCCCUAUGUGCCGUGGAUCACCGGCUACAUUGCCAUCCUGGUUGGCGCAUUCAUGACUUUCAUUGUUCAGUCAUCUUCUAUUUUCACCUCAACACUCACUCCUCUCAUUGGUAUCGGAGUGAUUACCAUUGAAAGAUCUUAUCCCCUCACACUUGGGAGCAACAUUGGAACUACCACUACAGCUCUUCUUGCUUCUAUGGCAGGCAGUGGACCUACCCUUAUUAAUGCCAUUCAGAUUGCCUUGGUACAUUUGUUCUUCAAUAUAUUUGGAAUUUUGCUCUUCUAUCCAAUUCCAUUCAUGAGGUUCCCAAUUCCUCUUGCUAAGAAACUGGGAGAGACAACUGCCAAAUAUCGCUGGUUUGCCGUUCUCUAUCUGUUUAUCAUGUUCUUCUUCCUUCCUGGAUUUGUCUUCAUACUUUCCUUGGGUGGUCCAUUAGUUCUGGCUAUCGUUGGCAUUCCCAUUGUUGUGCUUCUUGUCAUAGUGGUUAUCAUCAACAUAAUUCAAGCCAAGAAGCGAAGCAUACUUCCAGGUUUCUUGCAAACUUGGGACUGGCUACCCAAGCCUUUGCAUUCUCUCCAGCCAUAUGAUGCUUGUUGCCUUUCCCUUCCCUGCUGUAAAUCUUGCCGUGUGACAGAAGAAGAACUGAACCAUGUUGAAAUAACUAAGGAUAAUUGUAUAGAAAAUCCAGGUUUUGAAAGUUCAGACACAAAAUUCUGAUAGGUGUCAUGUUUUGUAUUAAUUUGAAAUCAUUCUUUAAACUUUUCAUCUUUUCAGACACACCUAAUCAAGGAUGAAAUUAAUGCAAGUUUCAUUUCAAGGACUUGCAUCCAACAUUCAAUGGUUGUCUUUCAAUAUCAAUAUCCUAAAAGGACACAUAAUCUGUGUACUCACAGAUGCUCAACUUUAUAAUUUUGUUUUGCUAACUUCUCUCACUAUUGCUAUCUCACUACAAUAAAGUGAAGUUCUGGGUAUAAGUGCCAUGCUCAGUUUGUGUAGCAGCACUAAAGUCUUUCAGUAGUGUGCAUUAGCUAUAUUCACCUUCAUCUAGAACAAACAAAAAGAAGUAUAUAUUUAUCUUAUGAAACUAAAUGUUUUUGGGUAAGUUUCAUCCUCAGAAUCAUAUCAUGAUCAUCCUCAUUUCAUACAUUUUACAUUAUUUUUAUAUACACUUUUGUAUGUACUACAUAUUACUGAUUAAGCCAAAGAAAUUAUAUCACGUUUGAGGCAAUCAUGUGAUCUACAGUGGUUGGCUCCUACAUGCUGAACAAUGCCAGCAAUGUUUGUCACUGUCAACAGUUGGGAUUGUUUUGCAAUAUUAGAUAUCUAUGAAGGAAAUCUUAAGCUGUUUUUAGUUCUGGUUUUAUCACUGCCUGUAUAAUUCAAUUGGAAUAAGGCGUCAAAUUGUAUGCAUUGGUGAACACUGCUUGGGUUCAGUACCUGCUUUCAUGAACAUUUUCUGUAAAUAUUUAUACUCUACCGUAGAUAUAAAAACAACAACACUAAAGUGAUAUAUUUUAUAUAAAAAAUUGUAGUUAUGAAAAUAUGUUCACAAUGGAAAUUCUAAUCAGAUAACACCAUAUCACUAUGCAAUAUGUACCUUAAAAAAACACAAAAAUUUAUUUAAAAAUCACAUCUUGAAGGGUUCAUCUCUUGAUCAUUGUGUAUAAUUCUACAUACGUCACAUUUGAAAAAUGCAAGUUAGUGCAAAAAGCUGUAAUGAGGCAUUUAUGUAAUGCAUAAGAAACUGUACAUUUGUAGAUAUAUCUUGUACAUAAUCCAUAAUAUGUUUCACUACAAGAUUAAUGAAUGUAUACCCAAUAAAAUGUUUAACUAUA